GACAUUUAAGCAGUGUUGCCAGUAUUCUUGAAAGGGAGAGUUUCGAUCGUUGUUGUAUUUUUACGGAGAGUCUCUACAUAAGAUCACAGACACAGAACGUCCCUCAUAUUCUAUGAUCACAGAGUCUUUAUCUAUGAGAGUCUCGGUUAUAAGCUCUCCGAUAUGUGUUCGUGGCACAGGGAUGUGUCUUCUGUGUUCAUCUAUCACACAGAAUAUCCCCCCAGCAUAGAUAAAGCCCCCUAGAAAUAGGAGGGAUGUGAUUUUCUAUAAUAACCGAUUGGCAAUGGUAAUAAUCAUAGAGAAUAUCUUUAUGAGACGAGAUAGCAGUCACAGUGCUGGGAAAACAUAUUUAUUGAUUACUACCUAUUUGUUUACCAUAAAGUUUGCCGUUGUCAAGGCACGGAUUGCUCCUUAACAUGUUAUAGCCUGAGUGUUAAUUAGGUCAAUCAUUGAUCUUUGGUUGAGUCCAAACCAUUUUUCCAUAGGUAAUGCACUAACAGCGGUUUAGCCGAAAAUUUGUGUUAAAAUGUCUGUUACAAGCCGGUUGGUGUCCGUGGAAUUAGCUGUUGGAAAAGUCACUUGUCCAGGCGUUUGGCUGUGUUCCAAUGGAAAAAUAUCUUUGCAAAUUUACAUGAUGGACUCCGUGAUUCAAACCGAUGCACAUCACCCUAAUUUCCCAAUUCUUUUCAACGAAAAAUUUAAAUUUUACAAAAGAUAUCUAAACAAGCGCUGUCCGGCUGCGCUACAACGAAGCUUCGCCAAGGAAUUUUUCAAUGCAGAGUUGAUCCAAUGGAAAAAUUGUGAUGAAGGGGUUAUUCUAGCAAAUUUUUGCUCCACUCUGGUUGAUCUGCUACAUCCAAGCAAUAUUACAAGUAUCAACAAAAAGACGGCCAAUGUAGAUGUACUUAUGGAGCCCACCAAGCUGUUUCCAGGUACAAUAUUCCCCAAAUUAGAACUACGCACACAGACUUCAAUCGAAACGAAGUUUGAAGUCUUCAAAAAAGAAAAUCCUGCUGUGCACAUAAAUACGAAAAAAUGCAACAUUCCUUUAGAUUUUCGCCGUGAAAAGAAAAAAGUUUACCCAAAAAAAGUGUGUCAUACAAUUGCUUAUAGCAAGGAGCAACAGAGGUGCCCCAAAGUCAAAACAGACAAACGGCCGAUUUUUAUGUAUAGAAAACCUGAUGACAAUCUUAUAUUGCGAAUUAAUCCUAAUAACGUAGGACAUGAAAAUGUAGUGGAAAGAAAAAAUGCUACGAAUUUCGUUCAAAAGAUGAAACCGAAAGUAAUUGACAAAUGUUCUUCGUGCUACUGUUCGCACAACAGUGCUUUCUUCAGUCAAGAAUGUCAAGAAACCGCAGUGAACAGUUUUAUCCAACGCCUCAACAGAAACAAUCAAAAGCAAAGCGAAAAUAUACGCCCUUGUCAGUGCUGCUUUAAAAGUAAAUAUAACUUGUGCCCAAUUUGCUCGAAAUAUAUUUAUACUUUUUCCCGGAAUUCUAUAGACUUGGGAACGUCUGUAAACAACUUAACAUUUGCAGCAAAGCAAAAUUGCACAUGUUCUAAUGCUAUAGCAGACAAUCACUCAGAGAAGAAGGUGUGUUUUUGUUGCCCUGAAGAGAGGGCAACAAAUUUAGUCCAAAAAUUACACGAGAGAGUGAUAAACACACUAAAUGUUGGAUCAGACGCAAUAGAAAGUUGUUUUGCAGAGUGCACAAUCUGUGAAUAAAUAUAUUUUAGCCAGUCAAAAAUA